UUUUCUUUACGCUUUUUAUAUUUUUCAAUAAACUUUUGUGGGUAAUAGUUGUCUCGUAGGCAUUUUUGUACGUUCAUCAAUUCUUCUUCCAGCUUAUCAGUGGUACAAAUCUUUUCUGCCCUAUAAAAUAGUGUUUUAACUAGUGCCUUCUUGUAGCUGAGUGGACAAAAACUAUUGAAAUUCAGGUAAAGGCCAUUCCAAGUACUUUUUCGAUAAAGCGAACGUUGGACUGUCCCGUCUCUCCUACGUUUUAUAGCAACAUCAAGAAAGUGGAACAUGUCAUUCUGUUCGUGUUCCAUAGUAAAUUGAAUGUUAGGAUGUGCAUUAUUGAAGAUUUCUAGCAGGCGGAUUGCAUGCUGUUUAUUGUUGCAGACAAUGAACGUGUCAUCAACAUAUCUGGAAUAUUCCGUCGUUUCACUAAUCGCCUGAUUAAGCACCAUGUUUUCAAGAUAUCCCAUAAAAAUAUCUGCCAGAAUUGGACCUAGUGGGCUUCCCAUUGCUACGCCGUCGAUUUGACGAUAUAUGGUGUUAUUAAACUGGAAUUGGACGUCUGUUGUGCACAUUAAUAGUAGUUUUUUGAAUUCUGGGGCUGGUAAAGGUAGGAGAUCAUAAUUCUGACAAAUUAUGUCAAUAGUUUCAAAGAGUGGUAUAUUGGUGAAUAAGGAUGUGACAUCAAAAGAAACCAUGAACUUAUCGGCAACAUUCAUACGAUUUAGUCUAUCAGCAAACUGGAAUGAAUCUUUUAACGUAUAUGUUGCUAAUCUCCGACGAAUCGGCUCUAGUUUUACUGCUAACCACCGUGCAACUUUAUGAUACGAAUUUAGUUGCUAAGAGAAAUAUUGAUGACAAUUCAACAUUAGCUGAAUGUGAUACAUGCUUAGCAGGGAUGAAUUUAGUUCACUACAUUCUUUCAGAAAAUUAUUGGGUAGAGAUUUAUAUGAUUGCAGCACAACAAUUAUGUCAGUCUAUCCCAUCAGAAAGUCUAAGAAACACUUGCCUGAAAUAUGUGAAUAAUUACCUUAAUAAUACUUUGAAGAUACUGGCUACAGCAGUGAAUCCUGAUUACAUUUGCAAGGCAUUACAAGCUUGUACAAAUAAUACGAAUUCUUUAACUAAUCGAAACAUCGGAGAUAGUAUAUUAUGUGAAGAAUGUAAAUUUGUUUAUAGUAGAAUACAAAGUAUUUUUACUGAUCACACAGAAACUAAACAAAUGAAAUCUUCACUGAAAGUGAUAUGUUUACUUUAUGCUUCAGACGAAUCAAAAUGUAAUAAAGUUCUUCAAGAAUAUAUAGAUUAUGCGAUUACGUAUUUUCAACAUCAUAGAGCAGAUCAAUCAUGUUAUACACUUUGCUCUUUCCUAAAACUUUACAAACUCAUCUUCCAUUAAGUGGGUGUUACAUAUGAUUGAAAACUACAGAAUUGAUCAUUUUGUUUUUCUUCUUCUUGUAACUGAGUUUCCUAAUAGAAAAAAUUGUAUGUUAUCUUUUUCUUUCUCUCUACUUUUGAUGUACUUUUAUGGUGUUACCGCAUAUGAGUCUAUAAACGUUUACCUUAUAAAUCACAAUCUUUAAUUUGAAACAUUUAAAUAAACUAAACUUAAGUAUCAUACAAUAAUCAUUUUCAUAUUGUUAUUGUUUUUCUGAAUAAAAAUUUU